CUGGAGAAGUGAGGUUAGGAAUACGAUUUUUCUUGUGCCGGAGAUGUGAAGUGUGUGUAAAAAGCUCUUAAUAAUCGCGUAAUUACGCUCUACAUUGGAUAAGAUAAUGAAAUAGUGCUCCAGUCAGUCGAUAAGAUGAUUCUCGCGAGAUCGGUGCGGAAAUUGCGCUGUCUGUCGCGCUUCUACAGUGACCACAAGAGCAAUCAUCCGACGGAUGAUCCCAUUUGGCCCAUUCGGCGCACAAUAAACAUCCUGAAGAAUGACUUCAGAAAAGUGGGUCGAUUCAUCCUGCCGCGCGGCCUGACCUCGAGGGAGGAUGCCGAAAAGGAGCUGGACGCUCAUCUGGAGAAGUACCGGCGGCCGGAGAUCUUCCCUGAGCACUGCGACAUCCUGAUCAUUGGCGGCGGCGGAAUGGGCAGCUCCAUUGCGUAUUGGCUGAAGAAGGAAGCCCUCGAGGGACUCAAUGUGGUUGUGGUGGAGAAGGACGCCACGUAUUCAAAUGCAUCAACAGCGUUAUCAGUUGGCGGAUUGCGGCAGCAAUUCUCACUCGUGGAGAACAUCCAGAUGUCCCUGUACGGGGCGGAGUUCAUUCAGAACAUCAAGGAACACUUGGGCGACGACGCGGACGUGAACUUCACGCCUCACGGGUAUCUUCUGCUGGCCACUGAGGAGGGCGCCGAGACGCUGGACAGGAAUUCGCGGCUACAGAACGAACUGGGCGCCAGGAAUGAGAUCUUGACGCCGGAGAAGAUGAAGCGGAAGUUUCCCUGGAUCAACACCGACGGAAUCGCGCUGGGCUGCCACGGAUUGGAGCGCGAGGGAUGGUUCGAUCCGUGGUGUCUGCUGAAUGGCUUCAAGAGACGCGCCCAGGAAAUGGGAGCGCAGUACGUCCAUGGGGAUGUGACGGGAUUCGAGUUCGAGAAGAUGAACAACAUGGUUGUGGUGGGAGUCGAGCCGGGCUCUUACGAGGCACUGCGAAGGGCUGUCGUGCGCCUGCCCAACGGCGAGGAGAAGACCAUCACAUUCGCCUUCUGCAUCCUGGCGGCUGGCGCUCAAUCCGGCGAAGUGGCGCGCAUGAUGAAGAUCGGCACUGGAGAGGGAAUUCUGCAGCUGCCGCUGCCAGUGGAGCCGCGGAAGCGCUACGUGUACGUGGUGAGCAGCCAAAGCCCGGACUGUCCAGGCCUCAACACGCCGCUCACCAUCGAUCCCUCAACGACGUACUUCCGGCGCGACGGAUUGUGCGGGAAUUUCGUGUGCGGCAAGAGUCCCACGGAGGACCACGAGCCCAAUUGUGACACGCUGGACGUGGAUCACGAGUUCUUCGAGACGGAGGUGUGGCCGCGACUGGCCAAGCGAGUGCCCAGCUUCGAGUCCCUGAAGGUCAACAGCGCCUGGGCGGGAUAUUACGAGUACAACUACUUCGACAAGAACGGCAUCAUCGGACAGCAUCCGUACCACAACAAUGUCAUCUUCGCGACGGGUUUCAGUGGACACGGGAUCCAGCAGACGCCGGCCGUGGGCAGAGCCGUGAUGGAGCUCAUCAUCAGAGGACAGUACGAAACCAUCAAUCUCAAGCGCUUGGGAUUCGACAGAUUAAUCGUAGAUGAACCAAUGUUUGAGUCCAACAUAGUGUAAUAAAUAUAGUUCUGGUGGGAUUUGGGCAAUCUCCACUCUAGCGAAA